CUCUGGGUAAUAUUGACAAGAUGGCGAUGCACGUACCAACUGCACCGGGCUUUGCCCAAAUGCUUAAAAAAGGUUCUAAACAUUUUUCAGGCUUAGAAGAGGCUAUUUAUAAAAAUAUUGAAGCUUGUAAAGAGUUGGCGAAGACAACCAAAUCAGCUUAUGGACCGCAUGGUCAAAACAAGAUGGUUAUUAACCACCUGGAAAAAUUAUUUGUCACCAAUGAUGCUGCCACUAUAUUGAGAGAGUUGGAAGUUCAACAUCCAGCUGCCAAAAUGAUAGUCAUGGCUUCUCAGCAACAAGAACAGGAAUGUGGAGAUGGCACCAAUUUUGUUCUCAUUUUUGCUGGAGCUCUACUUUCCAAUGCUGAAGAAUUACUUAGAAUGGGUUUAUCUGUAACAGAAGUGAUAUGUGGUUACGAAUUAGCUUGUAGAAAGGCAGUGGAGAUUUUACCAGAAUUAGUUAUUGGUGAAACUAAAGAUCUACGUAAUAAGACUGAAGUGAGUGCAGCUAUUAGAACAGCUGUCAUGAGUAAACAAUAUGGCAAUGAAGAUUUCUUAGCUCCUUUAAUAGCUGAUGCCUGCAUUUCUAUAUUAUCACAGAAGAUAAGUUUUAAUGUUGAUAAUAUUAGAGUUGUCAAAAUAUUGGGAUCUGGUAUUUUACAAAGUGAAGUUAUACAAGGUAUGGUGUUUAAAAGAGAAAUUGAUGGUGAAGUGAACAAAUGUGAGAACUGUAAGAUAGCAGCCUAUUCCUGUCCGUUUGAUAUCAUGCAAACAGAAACAAAGGGUACAGUGUUGAUUAAAGAUGCAAAAGAACUUCUGAAUUAUAGUAAAGGUGAAGAAAAUCAAGUUGAAGAGCAUAUCAAAGCUAUAGCAGACACUGGUGUCAAUGUUAUUGUAACUGGUGGUAAAAUAGGUGAUCUAGCUCAACAUUAUUGUAAUAAAUAUAAACUAAUGAUUGUUAGACUCAUGUCUAAGUUUGAUCUACGAAGAUUAUGUAAAUGUGUUGGAGCUACUGCUUUACCUAAGAUUGCUCCACCUACAUCAAGAGAAAUAGGUUUUUGUAGUAGAGUAUAUGUUGAUGAAGUAGGUGAUACUCCUCUUAUCAUCUUUAAACAAGAUAAAGAAGAAUCUGCUGUAGCUACUAUAUUAGUUAGAGGUUCAACAGAUAAUAUAAUGGAUGAUAUAGAGAGAGCUAUUGAUGAUGGUGUUAAUACAUUUAAAGCUUUAACUAAGGAUGUUAAGUUGGUAUCUGGAGCAGGUUCUACAGAAAUAGAAUUAGCUAAACAAAUCACAACAUUUGGUGAAAGUCUACCAGGUUUAGAGCAGUAUGCUGUAAAGAAAUUUGCUGAAUCUUUAGAAGUUAUUCCCAGAUCAUUAGCUGAAAAUACCGGUGUAAAGGGAAAUGAAGUCAUAGCCAAGUUAUAUGCUGCUCAUCAAGAAGGCAAGAAAACUGUUGGAAUAGAUAUUGAGGGAAUUAGUGCAUCAGUAAGAGAUGCUAAAGAAGCUGGUAUAAUAGAUCUCUUUAUAACUAAACACUGGGGAAUCAGAUUUGCUACUCAAUCAGCUUGUACAGUACUUAAUGUUGAUCAGAUAAUAAUGUCUAAACCAGCAGGAGGACCUAAAGCUAAAGAAAACAAGAAUUGGGAUGAAGAUGAUUAAUUGAUUAAUUUAUUAUUUUUUUUAUACCUUUAUUGUUACUAUCAAAAAGUGCUAUCAUUCUAUUUGUAUAACAUCAUAAAAAUUGUACCGCUUUGAUCAUGUCUCUUCACAUUCUCUGUGUGCUUAUAAUACCAUUGUUAUAUGUGAUAUCUCUUUAUUAUCAACAAUAAAAUCAUACAUGGU